AUGAGUGAAACGGGUUGUCAGCUCCUGGUGUCUCCUUGCAGCGUGUCCCCGUCAAUAAGCAUGAUCAGAGGACACCAGUCCCAAUCCAUCAGGAUACCCAUGUCUUCCCCACAACGGGCCGAUCUUAGCCCCUCCUCGGGCAUGGAGAAAGUGAAAAGAGAAGCCAUGCACUCCUUUGCUUCUGGGAAACAAAGCGGAAGCCAUGUUGUCCUGCCAACCCUGAGCCUCCGCAGACAGGUGUUGACUAGCGGGACACAUAUAAACAUUUCAACUGCAUCCCAACACCAGCAAAUGCCUACCCAUCAUCCCACAACUAAAACUGUGACGAGCACCAUACAGAAAGGACGCUGCUCCUCUAACAACAACUUCAAAGCAGGUUGCCCUGUGUCUGGGCCUACCAUGGAAGUAUUUGGUCAGCCAGCUGCUGCCAACCUGACAGUGACCAGCAGUCCCAUGACCCUUACAGGCCACCGGUAUACUGCCGGGCCCGCAGCACAACAUCCUCCAUCACAUCCACACAGUGUGCAGAUGCCCCACACUGAUGCCAGAUCCUUACAAUCCAGAGAAUCCCUGGCGUCGACUACCCUUAGUCUGUUCGAAACACAGUCAAUGUUUAGUGGCAGACACGACUGGUCGCAUGGCUUCCGUGUGCUUCCUCCACUGGGUCCACCUCAGUGCUCCACCCAGGCCAGUGAGGGAGGGGAGCAGCUCAGCCUUACCCCUGGCACGGCCAUGUCCGGUACGACCAUAUCAGGCGGCACUAGCAACUCUGCCUGUCUGCCCUCGUACCUCUUUGCAGGUGAUGCCGUAAGCCCCCGACAGUCUCGUGCUAAGAAGAGAGCUCUCUCCAUGUCGCCUUUGUCGGAUGUCAUGGGUAUUGAUUUCAACUCCAUCAUACGCACCUCACCUACUUCUCUUGUGGCUUAUAUCAACGGCUCUCGCAGCUCUCCAGCCUCCCACCCCACACUCUCACCUGUCCCAUCUGAAGGUUACGGUCACUUCUUGGGUGUGAGAGGCUGCUGUAUCCCCUACGGCCAUCCCUAUAGCAUGCCAGGCUCUUUGCAGGCUCUGGCCCCACAGACAGAUUAUAGCCGUAUGCAGAUGCUUGAAGAGGGAGGGGGUCUGGAGAGCCAGAUGGCUAACAUGGUGGUGGACCAGCAGUGCCUCCCAGAGGAAGGAGGGGCACUGGAAAAGACUAAAGAGAGCUGCAGCCAAACGACCAACAACCUGCUGCCGCCUUCUCAGAUACAGCCAGCAAUGCUGACUACUAUCCAAGAAGCUGCUACUCCACAGGGGCCUCCACCACCCUACCACUCACACCAGCACUUCCACCUCAAUAGACAUCACUGCAAAAUAAAGCCUCGUUCUCAGGACCCUCUCACACACGCUUCCAUGGUUCAUCCCAGGCAUGGGGUGAGUUUUUUACCACAAGUCCCUAUGCUGGAGGAAGAAGAAGGAGAGCUGGAGGACUAUGGGGCCCACUGCUGCAGGUGGUUGGACUGCAGUGCAGUCUAUGACCAAAGGGAGGAGCUGGUUAAGCACAUAGAAAAGCUACAUGUAGACCAACGGAAAGCCGAGGAUUUCACAUGCCACUGGAUGUGCUGUCCACGCAACUUCAAGCCCUUCAAUGCCCGAUACAAGCUUCUUAUCCACAUGAGGGUCCACUCAGGAGAGAAACCCAACAAGUGCACGUUUGAGGGCUGCAAGAAGGCUUUCUCUCGGCUAGAAAAUCUUAAGAUCCACCUGCGUAGCCACACGGGGGAGAAACCCUACCUGUGUCAGCACCCGGGAUGUCACAAGGCCUUCAGCAACUCAAGUGACAGAGCUAAACACCAGCGUACACACCUGGAAACAAAGCCAUAUACGUGCCAGGUGCCUGGCUGUGCAAAGCGUUAUACUGAUCCCAGCUCCUUGAGGAAACACGUGAAAUCCCACUCUACUCAAGAACGGCAGCUACGGAAGAAGUUGAAAUCCACUUCUGGUGGGGCUCAGGAAAUGCUGACAGACUGUUUAACCAUCCACACUCUGCAACCAAGCCUUUCUCCUCUGGGGAGGAUGGACUUGAGCUCUUCCCCUGGUGUGUCCCAUGAAUCAUAUUCUGCUGCUCCGCAGGAACGAGACUCCUCCGGCGAUGCCCACCUGGCUCUGUUGUGCGCCUUACAAGAUAAAUACAGGUUUGUUGAUCCCUCCCCUCACCAGCUCCUCCCCAGAGACCAGUGCGGGCCUUGUUCUCCCACCUGUCUCCCGCAUCCUCCCAAUGAGACAUCCCUGCAGAACAACCGAGAUCUGAAGCGGCCCAGCCAGCCUGAUGUGGCAGAUCACAACCCAGAUCUCUCAGCGCAGUUAAAGAUGCUGUACUCUCCUCCACAAUACGGCGGGAUCGCAGCACAGACCAGCUCGAGUCACCUGAUGCAAGUUGAUGCCUUUGGCGACAGCCUCGCUCCAGCCGUCAAUAAUCCCAAUGGGAUGGCCGCCUUACAAACGGCGCUUUCCUGCAUUACAGGAUUUGAUGUCCACAGUCAAGCACAGGAUCCUAAUCAAGAAUUGCAUGGAGGGGAUUUCUUCAGUGUGGCGGACCACUGCACAAGCCAGGUCUCCUGCAUCUAUACAGAGGCUUGAGGGCUGAUAUUACAAAAUGUUCAGUUUUUUUAUACUUUUGCACUAUUUUGUGUCCCUGUUCCAUUUAAGUCAAACGGUCAAUAGGAAGAACAAGUUAGAUAACGCCACACAUUUUGCGGCAGCUUCAUUUAGUUUGAUAAAAGGAUCUUUGAUUGAUUAAAUUAUUGAUUUAUAAAACAAUCUGAGAUGCUGCUUCCUCGGUCUUGAAGGAAUCGACUCUCACAUUCUCUGUGCGAGUUUCUUUCUUCGACUCGAUCUCUAUAAAUGUACUAUCUGACUCAACACUCAAAGCUUCUGCCAACAUAAUCAAUGUAUACUAAUGGCUCAGCCGACAUGAUUCAAUUGUUUACUUUUUCAGUUUUUAUACAACUUGUGUACAGCAAUGUUAAUGUAGUAAGUCAUUUCAAGUAGUUUCUAGUGUCAUUUUGCUAAAUGUUCAACACUGCAAUCAAAGCAAAGUAUGCAAGAUCAGUUAUUAAGGUUUUUCUUAGAACCAUGGCUUUGUUACUAUAGUAACAAGACAGCCUUACCAUCUCACUGUAAUGUUCAUAGACAUAACCUGUUGUUUGAGGUUCACACUGUAAUGUCCGAUGAUUGCUUCUGUGCUCAGAUCAUGGGGCGGAUGUUUGUUGGUGACCAUACCAGUGAUUUUGUACAUUGUAUUUUAUUUACAAACAAAUGUAUUAUGCAUGUCACAUUGUAGUUGACCCUUUGUGAAAGCAUGGCAUAGUGCUGUACAUUUGUCUUCUAAACCUGUUAUCCUGCAGUCAUUCAUUUCAUUUUCGGUAUAUAAAAGGAACUUGUGGAGACUUGAGAUUAUGACGAUUAUAACUGCUUUUUUUUAAUUUGCAGUUGUUGCAUGUUAAUGCAGCGCAGACUUUUCAAUCCAGUUUGCACUUUCAGCGGCAUAACCAUGCAACCAUAACACAAGUAGCCUGAAGAAUACAA